AUGUUCAAGCACUCGCCGCGUAGGAACAGCCGAAACAAAGGGAUAAAAGUGAAGCAUGUGGUCCAAAUUGGGCUCCUGCUCGGGAUCUGCUUCUGGCUGCUCUACCAAGUCCAGCAAUCGCGCGACAAAAAAGUGGACAACCCGAGAGUCUCGAAUAAGCUAGAGAACGAGCCCGACAGCAUUAAGCUCGGGAGAAAGGAUCUCAACCCCAAGAUAGAAAGGGAAGACAACAACGAGGAAGAAGAGAAGGAGAAAGAGGACCAGCCGGAGGAAAUCCGGCAUUUUGAUGACGAGAAUAAGCCGGACGACAGGUGGCAAGAGCAAGAGAAAACGGAGGAGAGAGAAAAUUCGGAGGUGAAAGAAGAUGAAGGGAGUAAGGUGACAAAUGAGGAAAGCUUGGGUGUUGAGGAGAGUAAAGAGAACAACAAUGUUGAGGGAGAGAGCAGUGAGAGUGGUGAUGUGAAUAACGAGGCCAAGGGGAAUGAAGGGGAUAGCACGGAGAAUAAAAUUGAGGAGACAACGGGAGAAAACGGGAGCACGGAAAACAAAAUUGAGGAGAUGACGGGAGAGAAUGAGAGGAAAGAGGAGAAGGAUCAAGAGACGAACAAAAACGAGAGCGAAGAAGUUGCGGGAGAUAAUGAGGGAAACACGAACAAGAAUGAAGAAAUUGCGGAAAACAAGAAUGAAGAAAGUGUGGGGGGGAAUGUGGGCAGUGAGAAAACAUAUGAGAACAAGAAUGAAGAAAUUGGGGAAAACAAGAAUGAAGAAAGUACAGAGAAUAAGAAUGAAGGAAGUGCUGGAGAAAAUGCGGGCAAUGAGAAGAAUGAAGAAAGUGUGGAAAACAAGAAUGAAGAAAUUACAGAAUACAAGAAUGAAGGAACUACAGAAGAAAAUGGGGGCAACGAGAACAAGAGUGAAGAAAUUGCGGAAAACAAGAAUGGACAAAGUAUGGGAGAAAGUGAGAGCAAAGAGAACAAGAUUGAGGAAAUAGCAGAAAACAAGAAUGAAGGGAGUAAAGGGGAAAGUGAGAACAAGAGUGAAGAAAUUGCGGAAAACAAGAAUGGACAAAGUAUGGGAGAAAAUGAGAGCAAAGAGAACAAGAAUGAGGAAAUAGCAGAAAACAAAAAUGAAGAAAGUAAGGGGGAAGAUGAGAACAAGACUGAAAUUAAGGGAGAUGGUGAGAAAAUGGAGACAAAAAACGAAGAGAUUAAAGUAGAGAAUGAGAGUACAAAAAACAAGAACGAAGAAAAUAAAGGAGAAAACGAGGUCAAAGAAAACAAAGGAUAUGAGGGAACUGUAAAUACCGAGAGCGAGGGGUAUAAAAGUCAAGAAGCGGCUGCAGGAGAGAACGAGAUAAAAAGUGUUGAGAAAACGGAAGAAAAUGAGAACAAAGAGAACCAAAACCAAGAAUAUUCUAAUGACGGCAAUGAGAAAGAGGUGAACGGAAGUCAAUCUUCACAGCCGAACCCUACAGAAGACAAGGGGGACAAAAACAAUGACCAAGGAGAGAGCAAAGAAGGUAGCAAAAAUGAUAACAAGGAAAACAACCCAGUCGAGAAGCAGAAAGAAGGCUUGGAUCAAAUUAUAAAUGAAGAAACUAAUGAGGGCACCAAGGGAGAGAAUGGCUCGGAUCAAAGUGUCUCCAAUGACUCGGUAGAAAAUUCUAAUAGUAAAAUGGAAACUGAGAAUGUUAGCUUGACCAAAAAGAACGAGUAUGAGAAGCCGAAUAGCCAGAAUCAGAACAUGUCUACCGAAAAAAGCAUCACUAGUUCAGAGUUGACCAAUCAUGAUUCUUCAACAGAAACAAACGGGGCCAGUGGUGAUUUCAGCCAAAGCCAAAACGAAAAAUCAGGAGAAAUCGAAAUUGGGUUGGCAGAGAAAACUGGUACUAGUAAUGAGAAAACAGAUCAAAAUUCGACUCAUUCAAUGACUAGUGAGAAUGUAGAGAACACUCCAGAAACUUCAACUGAGACUAACUCUGCCGGGGACCAGAAAACUGAAAGUGAUUCUGGUCCUGACGAGAAAACAGCAGCAUCGUUUAGUGACAGUAAUGGCAGUGAUGGUGCGGGUGAAACUCAGUCGGAAGUUUCUACUUCUGAACAGGAACAGGUGGACUCAUCUACUUCACUCUCCCAAGAAGAGAAGGAUGCCCGUAUGGACGUGAAUACUCUUCCGGAAGCUGGAAACGAAGUUAAUGGCCAUGAGGCAACUGCCUAG